AUGCUUGAGACUAUGUAUCUCACCAGGCACGGCUUCCGCAGCAACUGGGUCACUGAUAACCAAGGGAAAUACACUGCUACCAUCACCUCUCCCACCGGCAUUCCAUCAGAUCCUCCACUCGCCUCCCAUGGAGAAGACCAAGCAAAGGAACUUGCUACUCACCUGGCCAAACUAGACCCCAAGAUCGACAGGAUAUACAGCAGCCCUUUCUACCGGUGUCUCCAGACCAUCAACCCGAUCGCUGAGCUGCUCGACCUCCCAAUUCUGGCUGAAAAUGGCAUUGGGGAAUGGUAUGGAACAGCCCGCUUCGAUCAUCCUUCCCCCGCUUCACCCGAGCUCCUCCACAAGUUCUUCCCCCGUGUCCAGGUUUCAUACGACCCUACUAUUAUCCCCUCUAGCAAGGGGGAGACGCUCGCCGAGAUCCACGACCGCACCGCAUAUGCGCUCGCUAAGAUCAUCGCCUCGAUCGACAAGCAAUGGGCUGAAGAAGGUACAGGUCCCAAGAGCAUUCUCCUGUGCACCCACGCGGCCACCAACAUUGCCGCCGGUCGUGCCCUUACAGGUGACCAAGGCCUCGACGUCAAGACGGGCACGUGCUCACUCUCAACCUACCGCCGCCGCAAACCCCCAGUGACCCCACUACUUCCGAACCCCUCCGAUGACAACCCAAUCCCCGACACCAACUGGCGCGAUGGCAACGGAGUUGGCGGCGGCUGGGACAUUCUCGUCAACGGAGACUGCUCCUUCCUCCGCGACGGCGAGGAGAGGAAUUGGUGGUUCUCCGGCGACGAGGCUUGGGAUUUUGAUGUCACCAGGACCCCGCCGGAUUUCGGGGGCCCGGGAACGGUACCCGCGCCCGGGAGGAUGGAGGAUAACAUCAAGGAAGUCGAGGCCAAGAUCUAA